AAUGGCUCGACUUCAGCUUCUGUAUUCACGCACCACCUACGUAUGUGUAUGUGUACGGCCUACGAUAGGCUAUUGGUGAUGGGGCCGAUCAGGCUGGCCUGUUGUUUUGCAGCGAUCGUUUCUUGUUGCAUCACAGCCUUGUGAAGAUGCAGCAAGUUUCCUAACUAGACAGUGGAGCCGCAUUUACGAGCAAUAAGCCCCGGCCCACCUCUUGAGUCGCCUACUGCAACGCCUUUCGACUCGCGUCUAUCAGCGGCACUCACAUUCAGCAAGCCCUCAGACUUCACAAGAUCAUGCCGUAUUCUAGCAUCAGUUCUUGGAUGGCUUUCAGCCUCGCCUCAAUUAUAGUUCCUAUUCAAGUCGCUUCCAGCUCGAGAAUCGCGACGUUUACGGACGGGCAGUGCAAGAAUGCGUUCCAAAGUAUCAAUGCAGAAAAUGGCUAUCCUAAUGGUACUUGCACUCGAUUGGCCGACCAGGGAAAAUACGAGAGCUUUCAGGUCGUAGGUCUUGAUCCAGGCUGCAGUGCUACCAUCUACGGAGCCGAUAGCGAAGAAUUCGUACCAUGCUCUUCGACAGUCCUCCAGUUCGAUCAGAUAGCCGAGUGCUAUAACUCGUCUUUCGUCUAUUACAGCGUCGAUGCUUGUACACCACCUGAUCAAAUAUCGUCGUCGUCGCUGAUUGCAACAUCAUCGUCCUCCCCAUCUUCGACCCCAUCUUCUAGUGCAGUGAGCGGACCCAAGAAGAACAACACUGGUGCUAUAGCUGGUGGUGUAGUUGGUGGCGUGUGUGGACUUGCUCUCAUCGCUGUCGCUAUCUUUUUACUUCUACGGCGUAAGAAGAAACGGGAUCAAGUGCCAGAGAUACCCUCCGACGAGCGACGAGAGGUUGGUGGAAGUGCAAUUACUGAAUUGCCACAUGAAGAUCGAAAGCAAGAGAUGGAUUCCAAGAACAUAGCACCUCAGGAAAUCGGUGCCAAGCCUAGCGUGGAAAUACCACCCGCUGAGCUGCCAGGCGACGAUGUUGCUCAGGAUUCUCAGUACAUACCUGACUCUCAGCUCACUAUCGGUGAGAAGCGCUAAGAUCAUUGGAGAUAAUUCCGCAAAAGAACGAAAGUGUUAAGGAGUUGAGAGGCGUGAGUAUAGCUUCAGGGUCCCAGGAUAUGUUGUGAGAGUAGGUCGAGGCCAGUCGAAUGUAACAUCUCAAUUCAACUAGGAGUAUCCGUCAGGUUCAGGAAAGGUUAGCUAACUGCCAAUUCUAUCCUUUUAGUGCGCGU